CGUUUCGUUUUCAAUUGCAUUCUCAUUGGCCUGCCUGCCAGUCAUUCUUGCAAGCCCUCGCUCGGUGUCUCAACGUCUGCCAAGUUAGCCAAGAAAGCUCACACACACGCAUAUUAGCACUCUGCUGAAAUGUCCUCGCCCAAGCGCCGUCUCGAGACGGACGUCAUGAAACUCAUGAUGACCGACUACAAUGUCAACCUUGUCAACGACAGCAUGCACGAGUUUGUCGUCAAGUUCCACGGGCCAAAGAACAGUCCUUACGAAAACGGCGUAUGGAAGGUCCGCGUCGAAAUCCCGAGCGCGUAUCCGUACAAGUCGCCCUCGAUUGGCUUUUUGAACAAGAUUUUCCAUCCCAACAUUGACGAGACUUCUGGAUCGGUCUGUCUCGAUGUGAUUAAUCAAACAUGGAGCCCAAUGUUUGAUUUGUUGAAUGUGUUUGAGUCGUUCCUGCCUCAGCUCUUGCACUACCCAAAUCCCACGGAUCCUCUGAACGGCGAAGCUGCCGCUCUGUUAAUGCGCGAGCCUGAGCAGUUCCGCACAAAAGUCAAGGAUUACAUUCAGCGGUAUGCUACCGAGACUGCGCUGAAGGAAGCAGAAGAGAGCGAAGCUGACAAGCCAGACUCGGAUUUGAGUUCGCUUGAUUCCUUCUCGGACGACGACGCGACUGCCGACAUGGAAUUAUGAUAGCGCAGAUGCCUUAGCGUUGUUCGCCCCUCCCCCCUCUCACACUGUGCUCACGAUCAGGCAUUGUCUUCUCUCUCCCUUGGGGGUGUGCUUUUUUGAUUGCUUCGUCGAUUGUGUGAUGUACUUUUUUUUUCCCCUUGUUCCCUUGCCAAAUUUUAUUGCAUGUCAAACUCC